AUGAGCCGACAGUGCUACACCUCUGGCUCCAUCCUGGGAAGACGAGGCUUUUCCUCGGCAUCCGCUGUCUGUGGCCUGGGCAGGGCCAACAGCAGCUCGGCCUCCGUCUGCCAGCCCGUGGGACGGAGGUGUGGGAUCGGUGGCUUCAGCAGCCGCAGUGUCUGUGACCUGGGCAGAGGGCAAAGGAUUUCCUUCGGUGGGAGCUGCCGCAGCGGCGUCUACGGUGGUGCCGGCGUCGGGCGCUGCGGCGUCGCUUACGGCGGGGGCCGCUUUGGCACCGUCAUGGGCUUUGGGAACUGUGCCAGCUUCGGGGGCCUGGGCAGCUAUAGAGGCCUGGGGGAUGGCGUGGCCAUGGGGGGCUACGGCAGUGGCAUUGGCAUUGGCCUCAGCGGAGGGAGGUCCGAGGGGAUUCGCGGCGUCAGCAUCCACCCAGAGCUCCUCAAGCCCCUGUGCGUGGGCGUGGACCCCGAGGAGUGCCAAGUGCGGACCCACGAGAAGGAGCAGAUCAAGAACCUCAACAACCAGUUUGCCUGUUUCAUCGACAAGGUGCGGCUGCUGGAGCAGCAGAACAAGGUGCUGACCACCAAGUGGGAGCUGCUGCAGCAGUAUGUGCUCCCAGCAUCCCGGAGAAACUUGGAGCCCGUGUUUGAGAAUUUCAUCUGUAACCUGAGGAAGCAGCUGGAGUGUGUGAUGGGGGAGCGUGAGCGGCUGGAGAACGAGGAGCGGUGCCUGCGGGACCUGGUUCAGGAGUUCAAGUGCAAGUAUGAAGAUGAGAUCAACAAGCGCACGGCAGCAGAGAAUGAGUUUGUGGUGCUCAAGAAGGAUGUGGAUUGUCUCUACCUGACCAAGGAGGAGCUGGAGGUGAGGGUGGGUCUCCUGCGGCAGCAGCUGGAGUUCCUGAAGUGCAUCUACGCUGAGGAGAGGGCUCAGCUGGACUGUCAGCUGUGUGACACCUCUGUCAUCGUGCAAAUGGACAACAGCCGGGACCUGGACAUGGAGGGCAUCAUCAAAAGCGUGGAGUGCUGCUACGAGGAGAUUGCCCAGAAGAGCAAGGCUGAGGUGGAGGCUUUCUACCAAACCAGGCUGGAGGAACUCCACAGCAGCCGGGGCAAGUUCUGUGAUGACCUGAGGAACAACCAGAGUGAGAUUGCUGAGCUCAACAGGAUGAUCCAGAAGCUGCAGUGUGAGUCGGACAACGUGAAGAAACAGAUCUCAGCCCUGCAGACAGCCAUCUGUGAUGCCGAGCAACGAGGAGACUGCGCCCUCAAGGAUGCCCGGCAGAAGCUGGUUGACCUGCAGACAGCUCUGCAGCAGGCCAAGGACAAGAUGGCCUGUCUGCUCAGGGACUACCAGGAGCUGCUCAAUGUGAAGCUGGCCCUGGACAUUGAGAUUGCCACAUACAGGACGCUGCUGGAGGGAGAAGAGAGCAGGAUAUGCACCGGCAACCCUGUGAGCGUUGCCGUGGUCAGCGGCGGGGGCACGGUCGGGGAGUGCCGAUCCCUGUCUGGAAUCGGAGGCAAAUGCACCGUGAAGACCGGAGCGGCCGGCGCGGGGCUGGGCAUGGUCUCGUCCUUCGGCAAUGCUGGGUUCAGCACCCGGAGCGUGGAUUGUGUCCCCAAGGUCGGGGCAGGGUUCGGGGCCAGGAGCGCGGUGGGCUGCGUGGGGAGGGAAGUGAUCACCGGGGUGGACGGAGUCCAGUGCGCCACCGGGAUGGGCAACCUAGGGAACCUGGGCAACCUGGGCAACCUGGGCAACCUGGGCAACGUGGUGUGCGCGGGCGUGGAGCAGUGCGGCCCCGGGGCUGUGCUCAUCCCCGGGGCCCCGGGGGUCUGCGGCAACCGGUUCAGCACAGCCGUGCGCGUGGUCAGGACGACCCGGUAG